AUAUAAGGUUGCUAAGGCCUCAGCGCUGUCACUCGAAGCAACAUCCUCGAGAGAAGGCAGCAGAACCUCCGUGCACAAUGAUUGCUAUCUACGUCUCGGUCCUUGUGGCGCUGGCCACCAUCGCCUCAGCAGGGUUCGUACCUGCGGGCGGCUACCAAGCAGUGCCCGCAUACGCCAAUGUCUACGGGGCGCCCACGACUUACGUUGCGGCCGCUCCAGCUGUGUCCACGGUCCACCAUACACCGGCCGUGUCCAAAGCCACCAGAGUAACCAGCUACAGCACCAACUAUCCCGGAGUACCCCACACCGUGGCCAAGGUGUCCACCUACACGCCUGCCGCAACGGCUGUCCACAGCGUCCACGCUUCCGUGCCUACCGCGGUGGGCGGCGUUGUCCACCCGGUUCCCUCCUAUGGAUACGGUCACUAUCCCGCCCGGUACAGCUACGGACAUCCAUAUGGUUACCGCCCACUGGGUUACGGCUACGCGCAUGGCCUCGUGCCACACGGGCUCAGCUACGGCUACGGACUCAACCCCUUCGGCUACGUCACCCCUGUCAAGAAAUGAAAUCCCGUCAAGGUCACAAUUCCUAAAGCCAGUCUGCGAAGAUGAUGGACAGCACUCGAAAAAUAAAAUCAACCGUCAGACCUCGUUUCUGCAAGAUUAGCUACUACGUGAAGAAGUUAUUUUCGGCAAUAAACGAUUGCUUACUGAAA